ACAAAAUUGGCAACUGAAAAAGUCCUUUUACACAAAUUUUCCUAUCUUUAAUAAACUAGUAGACAUGUUCACAUAAUAACAUCCCCAAAUCAACCAGGAAAGGCAUUAUAUAGCUAACGAGAUCUGCAUCUUCCUCCUCCUCAUUAUAACGAAGUCAAACAUUCAGCCUCCUCAUUUUCCUGCAUCUUCUAUAUUCAAUGGCUGCCUCUGAUUCCAGGGUGACAACGGAAGGUGUUCCAACUAAUGAGUCUUGUACCGAGUUUAUCCUUGUUCGUCAUGGUGAAACUGUAUGGAAUGCUGUUGGAAAAAUGCAGGGACAGUUAGAUAUUGACUUGAAUGAGGCCGGGAGACAGCAAGCUGUUGCAGUUGCUAAACGCCUUUCAAGGGAACCUAACAUCUCAGGUAUAUACUCAUCUGAUUUGAAGAGGGCACUAGAGACUGCUGAAACUAUAGCAGCCAAAUGUGGUGGGCUUGAGGUUAUAUGUGAUCAAGACCUGCGGGAAAGACAUUUAGGGGAGCUUCAGGGAGUUGUUUAUGAAAAAUCAAUAUCCAAGACUUACCCCAAGGCUCAUGAAGCUCUCUUGUCAGGUGAAGAAAUUCCGGGUGGAGGUGAAAGUCACGAUCAACUGUACAUAAGAAGCAUAGCUUCACUGCAAAUAAUUGCCGAAAAACAUAGAGGAGCGCGAGUGAUUGUAGUAACACACGGAGAAGUUAUAAGAAUUUUAUACAGGAGAAUUUUACCUUUUGAAGGCCUUCCUAGAAUAUCGAACACAUCUGUAAGUAUACUUCAGUUGUCUGAAGGAGAGGUUUGGUCCUUCAAAACAUGGAAUGAUGACAGUCAUCUCAGAGAAGCAGAAUAUCUAGAAUCAGCACUUGGUGGAGGAGCGCAAGGGAUUAUACCUAAAGCUGGGCACGGGUCGGGUUGGCCUGCGGGCGGCCCGACACGGCACGAACUCCGACGUGGCACGACACGACCCGGCAACUGGCCCGGCCUGGCACGGUGGUCGUCGGGCGUGCCGUGGGCUGUGCCACGGAAAGAAGUUGGUUUUUUCCGGCACGACCCGGCACGAGCCCGUCCUAUAGCCCGUGUGCCAGCCCACCAGGCACGGCCCGCGUGCCACCUGUUAAUAUAGUCGUUGCUCAACGGAAAUGUCAAUGGAGAACGUUGAGCAACGUUCUUUUUUUUUUUCAUUUGUUUCCAAUGGCUAAUUUUCCCAAAUUCUCUAUAAAUACCUCCAUCUUCUUCAUUCCAAAUCACAAAUUCACAAUCUCUUCUCUUAAUCUCUGAUAUUCUCUAUUAAUUCUCUUAAUCUCUUAACUUCUCUAAUUAUUAUUUCUUAAUAUCGAAAAAAAUUAAAAGUUCGUAAUCGUAAUUAGUGGAAAGCGUUGAAGCACGGUUGUAAGAU